AUGUCAGGCAGACAAGGUGGAAAGCUCAAACCUCUCAAGGCACCUAAGAAGGAAAAGAAAGAGGAAACCGAGGAUGAGAUUGCCUUCAAGGAAAAGAAGAAGGCUGAAGCAGAGGCUUUGAAAGCUGCUCGCGACAAAGCACUGAAAGGUGGAGCCCCCGGCGGUGGCAUCAAGAAGUCUGGCAAGAAGUAA